CGGCAGAUGGCAGUAAUGUACCUUGAAAAAUAAGUCAGCCAUUCCCGCUACGAGGAAAAGACGUCAUCGAACGAAGCUGCCGUAACUCUGACCGGAAGCGUGGAAUGAAAGCGUUAAGUGUACAAGAAGAGCGAAGAAAGCGCGGCUGCAAGUGGCUUUAAUGUCAUUCUGAGCUCCGUGGAUAAAGCAUCCUCAAGGCAUUGUGGGUUCUAUUGACACUGGUGCAAGAUCAAAUAAAUAUGGCAAAUGACCGUUUGCGAGCCCUGGAGGAGGUGGAGAAAGAGAUCGGCACCGUGUUGCAAUGUGCAGGUAACAUCAUACUGGAGCUGUCCAAGGAGAAACACAAUGCAAGCUUUUUGGAUCGUCAACUUUCCCAGUUCACAACCUCUGUGAACAGAGUGGAAACGGAGCUGUCCAAUCAGAUUAGGUAUUUGACACAGGUGGCAACAGGCCAACCACAUGAAGGUUCUACAUACUCUGCACGCAAGGACUGCCAAAUGGCACUGAAUCGAGUGGAUUAUGCACGUGUUAAAUUGGGAGAACUGGGAAGGACAUGUGAAAUUCUUCUGGACACUCAGACUUAAUCUGCCAUUGAUUAUACUGGUCAGUGAAUUCAGAAAAGUAGUGCUGACAUGUGCCAUUGAACACUUCUGCAGAUUGGGGAUUUUUGUUAUAGAUGAUAUAAACAACAUUUAAGCUUGAAAUUCAAUUCCAUUUUCAUCACUUGACUACAAACAUAAUCUAAGUUUCUGAGUCCUGCUUAAUCUGAUUCAGAGUCCUAUGGAGAUGAUGCCUUUCCAAGUGGCAUAAGGCAGUAAACAACCCAGAAAAUAUGCACCAGUCCAACACAGAGUCUUCUCGAGCAUGCAAACCAACACCUCUACAGAGUAUAUUUAGAGUCGCCGAUCAAAUAAACCCUCAUGAGUUUGGGAUGUGGAAGAAAAACCCAAUGCAAGCAAGAAACCAUGUGCAGCCUCCACAUGGACAAAGACCGGAUGCUGGAUUCAAACCAAUGAUGCUGAAUCUUUGAGGCAGGCACUUCUCACCAUUGUUCCACCUCUAACAUAAACAUAUUGCAAUGUCUUUUUUUUUUUAAAAAUAUACUAACACCUUUCCUGAGAGGCAUGGGGGUGAUGGUUGGAGAAUUUAAAUGUUAGCUUUUGCCAAAGGAUACUGAUGUAACCCAUCAGAACCACCAAUAUUUUUCACGCUGCAUCUCAUCUUGGCCUGAUGUAUGUAGGUAUCUUAUUCAGUCCUAAAGCUUUCAAUGAUGGUCUUGGUUCAUAAUUUCAGAUAUUCUUGCAAUAAUCAAAGUUAUUGGACAUCCAUGUACGUUAGCAUCAGUGUAUAAUCAUUCCUAACAUUUUCUUUUGCAUCUGUUAGUAGCCAUGUUUACUGGUUGUAGUACUUUAGACUGUUAUCAUAUGAUUAAGAAUAAGGUUUGUAGUUUUCUUCUGUUUUAGUGCUUGAUGGAUUUCAGUAAAUAUAUUAAGUGGAACAUUGUUUACUCAUAAAGGUCGAUUUAUGGUA